GGCUACUUUGAUGUGAGUGCUCCUUUAACAGAGAGAUAGGGUGUGGUCAGACAGCUCUGCACCUGGUCAGGUGUAUUCAUGCGUUCUCAGACUCUCCCUGGAACACUGCAGGACUCACUUCAUAACAGGUAUCUUCCCACAAACGCUCAGGCUGUGAAGUGAGAAUGCUAAACUGUGGAUUUGUUCAGGAAAGAUAAGUUCAUAUUGUGAGCCCAGCAGCAGGGGGACCAUCUUGCUGUUUCUACUUCCACCCUGAACAUUACCUACAGUAUAAACUAUGGAGCGUCUGAAGUUAGUUCUGCAGUAUUUCCAGACCAACUCUGAGUCCAUCUCCAAUGGGAUCUGUAUCAUCCUGGCCUUGGUCAGCGUCAAGCUCUACACUAGCUUUGACUUCAACUGCCCGUGCCUUCCUCAGUACAACAAACUAUACUCUCUGGGAGUGAUGAUUGUCCCACCCAUCAUACUGUUCUUCCUGGGGGUCCUGGUCAAUCGACAUACGGGCGUCAUGAUGGAUGAGUGGAUGAGACCUGUUGGGAAAAGAUCCAAAAAUCCUGCUGUGGUUAAGUAUCUGUUCUCAGCCAUGAUCCAGAGGGCCCUGCUGGCACCAAUGGUAUGGAUCCUGGUUACUUUGCUGGAUGGAAAGAUCUUCAUCUGUGCCUUCAGUAUGAGCGUUGACCCUGCACUCUUCUCAGGUUUGCCCAACAACACAGGACUGGAUGUCAUCAAAAUCAUGGCGAAAGUACCCUGCAAGGAGGACAUCAUCUUCAGGAAUAGCUCUUUCCGCAAAGCAGUCUCUCGUUAUGUUCGCUGCUACUCCCAACCUGAUAUCGCUGUAAACCAAACUCACAGCUCUUCAGUGUUAUUCUCAGUAAAGACCCAACAUCCCAACAUGGCUGCUGCUGCCCUUGUAACAGAGAACUUUAAGUUUGUGUCUCUCUUCUUCAAGAGCAAAGAUGUGAUGAUCUUCAAUGGUCUGAUUGCUCUGGGCACUGUGGCCAGCCAGACAGCGUACAGUGUUUUUGCCUUUCAUUGUCCAUGUUCCUCUGGGAGGAACUACCGCUACGGCCUGGCUGCUAUUGGUGCUCCAGCUUUGGCAUUUUUCCUAAUAGGAAUAAUGAUGAACAAGAACACCUGGGACCUGGUGUUCGAGUGUCGCCUCAGAAACUGCCGUAAGCUUUCGCGAGCCGCAGCCUUUGCACUGCUGGGAACCAUCAUCGGUCGAGCUGUGGUGGCACCGCUAACGUGGGCAGUUAUCUCUCUGCUGCAGGGUCAGGCAUACACAUGUGCCCUCAGUGAGUUUAUUGACCCCAAUACACUGGAGGGCUUCCCCUUAGGCCAGGGUUCAGAGAUCAUGGCGAAGUUCCCGUGUCAAGAAAGUGUUCCAACAGAGCUGCAAGGCUUCUGGGCAGAAAUUGAGCGGCGUCUGAAAUAUGAAUCUCAGCUGAUUGGCUGGCUGGUGGUGGCAGGAAUGUCUCUGAUGGUGUUCCUGUUGCUGUGUAUGAAGCGCUGCUCCUCUCCCUUUGGGUACCGGCAAGAAGAGUACUGGUCCCAGUACCGCUCCAGUGAAAAUACCCUCUUCCAACGCACAGCUGCUGUCCAUGCCCGCCUCCUGGCUGCUGAGAACAUUAAGAGCUUCUUUGGCUUCGUGGCUUUGGAGAAUGACGAAAAGGAGUUGCUUGCUGAACACCAGAGUGCUAGUCCUAUCUGCAGCAAUGAGUGGAACAGAGUGACUGGUGUGUACCUCUACAGGGAGAAGAACGGACUGCCUCUGUACAGCAGGCUCAAUAAAUGGGCCACGUACAGCCUGGAGAAUAACAUGGAGGCCAUGGAGAAAGAGAUGGAUGUGCUCAGCUGACAGUAUUCUGUCCAUUAAGGCAUCAGUAUGCUUCAAAUAAACUGCUGGUCAGAUUGUCAUUUUAGACAAUCUGUAUGCAGUGAUUGGCCAGGUGUGUGGAGGUAUGACAGUAGGUGGGAUUUGAACUUCUCUACUCAUGCUCUUCUGAUACUUUUCAUGUGUACAACCAUGAAUGCCACCAAACACAUUGUGAUGCUGAACGCUGUCAAAGAGAGACUUUUUGAAAGUGUGCACCCUUAACUUAACCCUUAACCCUUGAUUGAUUACAUCACUCUCUAUAAAAGAUGGGCUUUCACCUUUAAAUGUGUUUGAAUGAGCUUUUGUAAGAACUGGUUCAUUUGAAGCAUACUGAACCCUUAAUUUAACUUCAGCACUUGUCAAGUGCUGAAGUGCUAAAUACCAAAAAAAUUCUGUAGCAGAAGCCAAGCAGCACAGAACUAUAGUGCUACAGCAGUAAGGAUGGAAGAG